AUGUUUGGCAACAAAAGUUUCAUAUAAACACAGAGAAAAAGUCUACGAUAGAAGAAAGAUAAGUUUAUAAGAAGCAUGAUAAACGAUCAAUUGGUGCUAGCUUAGUUCAACAAAGAUGCUAAUAAUGAGAUAAUCUCAACAUUCAAGGAACAAAAAGUGCGAUCCACUUAAAGCUGGAAAGAUUUUUCAGUUAAUUACAUAAAGAGGAUUCAAAGUGAAACUGAGGAAAUAAUAAAACAAAGAGAUUACGAUAUUGAAACAGAUUUGGAAUUUUAUAGGAAUAGAUUGAUACUUUACAAAAAUCUCUCUUUGAUAUUACAAGCAUUAGAAGUUAAUAUUCAUGAGUGGCAAGAUAAGCCUUUCUAUAAGAAUUACAUGCUAUAUUCAUACAUUGUAGAAUCAGAUUAGAUAAAGAAACAAAUACCACAAAAUAAAAGCCAAAUCUAAAGCUCUUCAAUGAUCAAACUACCUUGUGAAGAUAUACCUUUCAAUAGAUUAACAACAGCGCCUAUUCAAAAGAUUAAUGGAGCUGGUAUUAUAUCUGCUCCAAUGACUCCUAAAAUUCCUCAUAGAAAUUAAAUUGAAGCUAAGAGAUAAUUAGAGGAGAAAAAAGAUUAAGAAAUUCUAAAUGAAAUAAUAAAGUAGCUUAAUAAAGGUUUAAAAAAGCGACAAUAUGUAAAUCGGCCUUAGGAAACUUAAGUUGUUCUUACUACUUAACAUUCACCUCGAUCAGGGGGUUCUCCUAAAAAAAUAACUAGAGAAUAAGAGCCUAUAAAUAUAGUUGUCGAAGUACAUCCCAUUAAGCUGUUAGCUACUGCCUUUUCAAAAAAUAUGCACGAUAUAUAUAAACCAAUGUUUGCAACUCUACUAGCUGCUUUUAAUGACAUUAAUGAACUUUUGUAAUCUUAAUAAAAUAAUUAAAUGCAAGAUAUGAACAAGAUAAACUAUUCAGCUGAUAUGUACUUUAGUUUUAACGAUAAUUCAAACUUAAUCAAAAGAGGAACGACAUUUAACUAUAAGGCAAACCCUAUUGAUCUUAAAUAGAAGCAAGUGAAGAUGACCUUUGCCAAGAAUGAUAAAAAUCUUAAUCAGCAUUUUGGUAUGAGUUUAUAAUAGCAGCUAGAGCACUUAAAUGAUGCCUUGGAGAUACUGAUUAGGAAUGCCACGGAGGAAGUUAAACUAUUUUUAGAAACAAGUCUAGUGUUUACAUCUUACUUCUAUAGGAAAUCGAUUAACAUUGCAUUUGAUAAAUUUGCAUCAGCAAUAAUUGAAGUUAUUACAAAAAUAGUAUUUGAGUCAAAUGACAGUGUAUUAUUUCAAAUGUUCUUUGAGCUAUACAAACUCUAGAAUAUUAAAGAAAUUUAGAGUCUCAAGGAAUAAAUUGAAUGUUUCAAAGAUGUUAAAUUGGCAGAUCUUAAUGUCUAUUUUAAGUGUGAAACUCAUUAUGAAUUUGGCCACAAGGUAACCUAGGAUACAGAUAAAAAUUCUAAAUCACAUUAGAAUAAAGCUGAUUUUGAAUUGCUAGUUCAAAAAUCUAAAGAAAAAGUGAUGGCUAAUUCAGAAGUGAAAGAGCCAAUAAAAAGAAGCAGAACCUAAUAGUAAUUUCAAUCAAUUAAGAUUGAGGAUUCAAAGGAUUAAAAUUAAAAUAUUUAAAAGCAAAAAUAGGAGACUAUGCCUCAAGUGACCUGUGAUAAAAAGAUAAAACCAAACUUAAUGUUUAAGUCUUCAGUAAUUGCCAUGAAAAGACUUAGUAGAUGCAAAGACCCCUUGCAGAUUCUAGACAAUCUGAUGAAGAUCUAUCAGCAAAUCAGCUAAUAAUUCUCGAUUUACAAAUAAAAAGAUGCAAUCCUCAUAGACUAAAAUUUAAUGAAUUUAAGUUCAACUGACUAGUUGAUUUAAGCAGAUGACUUUGUUGCUAUACUUAUUUAUGUAAUUAUAAAAGCUGAUGCUACAGAUAUUAUCCCAUAUAUGGAACUAAUAAAAGCGUUUACAUUGAACAAGAGAUAGUUUACUUUUGAGUAUAUGAAGGCAAGUUUACUAGGUUCUAUUGAAUUCAUUUGCAUUAAUAUGGAUGAACAUGUUAAAUUGAGCAGAGAAAUUGCUGACGAUUUAGCUAAAUCUGAAGAUCUUAAGAUGCAAUUUUCAAAUAAACUAUCAAAACAUAAUAGAUUUGAUAGAAAUUCAACAGAGAACAACAGUAUCAAGUCAUUUGUUCAAGAAGCUGUUGAUUAAUUCGUCCAAAAAUCAGUUAAACUUGAGAGCCUUAUGGAAAGUUCUCCUAAAUAGAUUCAAAUUGAAAUUAUUUGA